GACAUAUUUAUUAAAAUUUAUGUAAACAGGUGGCUGUUUAUAAAAGAGGAAUUCUCACACAUCGUAUUAACAGUCUUGCUCAGUGAACGAAGUCGAACAGCCAAAGCUAUGUAUUUGCAAUUUUUGCUGUUUAUUGCCAAUGCCUUUCUGCCAAAUGGAGAAAUACUUCGUAUGCCGUGCAAAACGUUUGCAAACUUUUCUGUUGUGCUUCAUGGUCACUCACUCGAUGCUACAUAUCGCACUUUGGAAAAUUUGGACGAGCAGAUGUGUAAGACUGAAUGUAUCAUAGAAGGUCAAUGCAAGUCUAUAAACAUAAACAAGGAUAUGGGGAUUUGCCAGUUGAAUGACAAGUCGGCACAAAAUCCCAAUGAUCGUGUCAAAACGGAUGCAAAAAGCGGUUGGACAUACUUUUCUACUCGAUACGAUGAAAAGCAUGUUGGUGAGCUUUGUAGAGCAACUGAUCCUUGCAGAACAGGAGAGCAAUGCUUCGACACAUGCACGUGCCCUGGAUAUCAAUGCAUUGAUUUCGAUGAAUGCACUACAGGUGUCCACAACUGUAACUCUAAUGCAAGCUGUAUCAACGCAUAUGGCUCAUUUUCCUGUCAAUGCAAUCCUGGUUUCGUUGGCAAUGGCACAAUGUGUACAGAGAAUAUCGCAUACAAGAAGCCGUCCUCACAUUCGUCAACAUCUACAAUAGAAAGAAUUCUAUUGGUUGCCAGCUUUGGAAAUGAUGGUAACAGAACUGGGGAAUGGCAAGGAUGCAGUAUUACAGCUGAGGACUUAGAACCUUGGUGGCAAGUGGAUCUUACAAGGCAAGCUGCAGUCACAAGUAUUCGAAUAAAGAAUGCCGCAACUUGGGGUCAAGAAAAAAUCAAUCCUUUCGAUGUCAGUGUUGGGGAUGAUAGUUCAAAUGGCGGACAAAACAAUGCACUAUGUGUGAAAGAUGGGACAUUGGUCAGUGGAGAGUUGAGAAAGUUCGAUUGUCCAAGGCUGUUGCUUGGUCGGUAUGUGACUGUGUUCUUGAAAAGGCAACAAUUUCUUCAAGUAUGCGAGCUUGAGGUUUAUGAAGAGAAUAUCGCAUACAAAAAGCCAUCUUCGCAUUCAUCAACUGCCACUAUAUUUGGAAUUCCAUUAGUUGCCAGCUAUGGAAAUGAUGGUUACCCAACUUGGGACUGGGAGCGAUGCAGUGUCACAGAACUGAACUACAGUCCCUGGUGGCAAGUGGAUCUUACAAGGCAAGCUGCAGUCACAUUUGUCCGAAUAAAGAAUGCUGCAGCUUGGGAUCCUGAAAGAAUAAAUCCAUUCGAUGUCAGUGUUGGGGAUGAUAGUUCAAAUGGCGGACGAAACAAUGCACUAUGUGUGAAAGACGGGACACUGGACAGAGGAGAGUUGAAAAAGUUUGAUUGUCCACAGAUCCUGAUGGGUCGUUACGUCAGUAUCUUUUUGAACAGGCAAGAACAUCUUCAAGUAUGCGAGCUUGAGGUUUAUGAAGAUUCUGCAUUUAAGAAACCAAGUGAACAAUCGACGAAAUGAUUAGUAGCAAUGCAGUUGAUGGCGUGAACACAACAUGUACCCAUACAGCAGAAAAUACUGCCAACGCCUGGUGGAUGGUUGAUUUGCAAAGUGAUGUUCAUGUCUUCAGUGUAACUAUCACAAACAGAUACAACCAAACAUACGGAGAUUUUACAUACAGGCUGGGAAAUUUCGAUAUCCGGGUUGGCAACACACGUGCUUACAAUGCCAACCCGCCUUGUAUUUCGAGCGCUGGUUUCCCAUCUAAUGACACAAAGAGGAUUGAGUGCACACAUUCUCUGCGCGGGAGAUACAUCUUUGUUCAGCAAAAUCUUCUUAAUGAGCCUUUAACAAUUUGUGAGAUUUCCGUAAAUUGACCAGAAAUCGACCAUAGUUCAUUGAAGACGUGAUUACAAAGGUUCUCCAUCGAGGACUUACAGUAAUACCUUUUCCUUCAUGGACAUUCGCUAUUCCUUAUUUUCAUUUUGUUUGCAUUUUUAAUAUACUUAAGACUUACAAAGGCUCAUUAUUGCCUCCUUGGCAUGUCGAUUUUCUCAAUCCAACUGAACUUGACAUUGAUGUUAAUUUACCUCCCUGUCUUGGAGACUUGGUGGUGGCUCUAGACAAUUUGGCAAUUUUUAUGGUAGUUUUCCGCCAUUAUCUGGGAUACCAAAACAUUAAUAUCACACUUCAGCAAAUGAGUGAGGGCCUACAGCCCCAAAGCCCUCUUGCUCCAGCGUGCCUGCGUUAAUAGUAUUUUAACUCUAGAUUUUCUCUAUUUGAAUCAAAUUAACUUUUUCAAAACAGUUAAGCGUUGAUUGAGAUGAUGUGAAGCUUUCAUAUCUUUGGCUGAGAUCAAAACUUCACCAUUUUAGAAUUUCAUGAUACCUCUCUGACCUACUUCAAAGUGGAUCUCUGCUAUUUGAAUAUGCUUAGCUUUAAUUUGUUCGCAAUUGAAAAUUUUAUUGAGCAUCAUUCUGUAGUUUUAAAGUUUAAAUGCACGUGUAUCUAUGCACAUCUACAUUAAUAAAAUCACAGGUUGUUGUUUUUAUCUGUAAAUACACAUUUGCAGUUUGUUUGUGAAAGGCAGCAAUGUUUUAUGAAUCAAUGCAAGUAUGUAAAUGUAUAAUCAAAUAUGAUAUAAGAUGUUGUUCCAGUGGCAGUGUCGAAAUUGAAAUGAACACAUUAACUGAGUUGAAAGGAAGUCCAAUACUAUUAUGAUAAUUUUUAACUAUACAUUAUGAAAUUAUUGAUAAUUUUGAUUUGGAUCUUAAUAGCCAGUUAAUCCAUUCGUAAUAAAAGGUAAUUUGACAAAAGCUAGUAGUUAUAACGUUGACACUUUUAUGUUGAUUGCAUUAGUAAAUGUAAAAUGUGUCCUUGCAGUCUUUUCUGCAUUUCAUCUUCUGCUUCUUUUCUUGUAAGUUUAUCUUAGCAAUGAAUUCGGAGAUUUUAACUGCUUUGAAAUUGAUGCAAAUGCACGCAACCAAGACACAACCGAAUUUCAAAUCUGGGGGGUUGCCUCUGUUGUUGCUUGUUUGAUCGGAUACAUUUCAUGAUCAUCAUCAUCACGUACCAUCUUCUAUCAGAAGGUGGUCUACCAUGACCCUCCAACUAUCCCAAAAUCUGAUAUGCUUGAAACAUAUGUCACUAAAGAAAUGACCAUUGCUUUGCUAUAACAAGGUAAAGCUCUCGCUGGUCAACCAAAAUCUGAUAUAUUAAUCACAGUUGUCGUUAAUAGCAUUAAGCUUGAGGCUCAGAAUUUAAAAUUAUAACCUUCCUGUCCUGCACCCAUAAGGGCAUAUUAACUACACUCUUUAGUUUUCUAUAGAAAGUGGGGAGAUGUGGCUGAUGUGGCUGAUGUGGGACAGUUGAUGUAAGGUCCCUUCAGCAGUUGGCAUAGACCUGAAACCCACAACACUCAAUAUCUAUAGCUUAUAACGGCUUCAGUUUUUCAGAGAUUUUGACUCUAGCAUUCCAUAUUGACAAAACAAUCACGUGAUGCAUUGAUACACGUAUCUAUGUUAAAAAUGAUGCUGAAAUAUCGUGACGACAAUUAGUUGCGUCAGUACUGCUUUAUUGAUAUUCAAAGAGAUGAAGGAAGGCUACUACCCUAUCAUGGCUGAAAACAUUAUCUUAAUUUUUUGAUUUAUAAAUGUGCUUUUUAAAUAAAGAAGAUAUCCAUUAUGCAAGUCGGAAUUAAUAUGUUGCAAAUACUUAAAAUAGAUUCAAUUCUGAGAAUGGUCCUUACGAUUUGUUAGAAUUAAAUCGAUUUGUAGUCGGAUACAGUUGGAAUUGUAUGUUCCAUUAUAAGGUUAUUGGGUUCAAUAAAAAGAAUAUUCUUGAAAUGCUAUUUAUGACCAUUCUAUUUCCAAUCUUUUGCUUGAUAAUAGGUUACGGUUUGUU